CUUAUAUCUAACAUACCAAAAUUUUUUAUAUAUAUAUCUAAAAGUGUGAAAAACAUAGCCAUUCUAGCUUGAUUCUCACAAAUUUGACGUUCGAUGCAGCAUCGUUUGCUAGCUAUGUUGGCGAGUCAUGUUUCUGAUUUGUUGGGAAGAAUAUAUAUUUUGAUCUUUGUACUAUCAAUUUUCACGAAUGUGAAUGCUGCUUAUGGGAAAGCAUUUAACGUUGUGAAUUAUGGAGCGAUUGGUGUUGGAAAGUCAAAAGAUACCUGGAAAAUCUUCACUACAUUCAUGGUUUUAUCCAUGGCGUACCGCGGAUCGAGCCUUCAACUCUCUCUUAAACCACGUGCUUUUGACUACUAUGUGAAUGUGAUGAAUAUGGGGGCUGCUGGUGAUGGAAAAACAGAUGAUUCACAGGCUUUUUUGAAAGCAUGGGCAGCUGUUUGUGGAGCACGGAAAUCUGAACCACUUCUGGUUAUACCACGUGGGAAAACAUUCCUUUUGUACCCGAUUACGUUUCGGGGUCCAUGCUCAUCCUCAUCCGUUAAUAUUCAGAUUUGGGGAAAUAUUGUGGCACCAGAAUAUUCAGCUUGGAAGGGAAAAGAUGUGCAAACCUGGCUUCUUUUUGAUAGCAUAAACUGGCUUAAAAUUAAUGGAAACGGGCAAAUUGAUGGACGCGGUGAAAGCUGGUGGAAGAAUGCUUAUAGUCCUUAUAAUAGACCCUCCGCUUUGACAUUUAACAAUUGCAAUAACCUGCGUGUGAACGGAUUGCAUCACGUCAACAGCCAACGGAACCAUAUUAGUGUAACUGGUAGCAAGAGUGUAGUCCUUUCUCAUUUAACUAUCACUGCUCCUGAUAGCAGCCCCAACACCGAUGGCAUCGAUCUCGACCAGUCAAGCAAUGUUAUUGUAAAAGACUGCACCAUUGGAACUGGUGAUGACUGUAUUGCAGUUGGUACUGAAUCUUUCAACUUCAUCUUUAAUCGUAUCACAUGUGGGCCAGGUCAUGGCAUAAGUAUUGGAAGUUUGGGAGCACGUGGAACUUUUGCUAGAGUUAAAAACAUUCAAGUCUACGACUCUAUCUUCAAAGGGACUACUAAUGGUGUAAGGAUAAAAACAUGGCAGGGAGGAUCUGGGUUUGCCAAGAACAUUACCUUUGACAAAAUUCACCUUGAGUCAGUUCAGAACCCUAUUAUCAUAGACCAAUAUUAUUGUCCAUAUGGAAACUGCCAAAAUCAGACGUCAGCUGUUAGACUAAGCGAUAUCACGUACCAUCGUUUCCGGGGGACUUCAGUUUAUCCUGAUGCAGUUAUAUUGAGUUGCAGCCAUACUACUGGUUGUUACAAUGUUAGAGUUAGAGACGUUAAAAUACAGAAUUCUAAGCGUGGAGUUGUUAGCAAAGCUUCAUGCAUCAACGCUUACGGAGACUCUCUUAAUUCUUACCCGGCUGUAGAUUGUCUUAAACGUUAAUAAAUAAAAAACAUAAAGAUCAUUAGAUCCUUAAAAAGCUCAGUCAGGCGCAGACCAGGAGACGAUCCUGUGAAAGCGUAUGGAUGACAGCGAAAGUGAUAAUCUUUUUGUGUGGUCCACUUUUCCAGAUUUGGCUGCACGCCAGCCAUAUUUAGUCAGUUGCCUAAAAUAAGAAUCCACGCAGCCUCUUCUACCUC